ACUAGAGAUAAUGUUGAUCCCAUAGAAUUUAGAGAAUUUUAGCAAAUUUAAACAUUUUAGUCAGGAUCACAACAUUGGUCUUUGCUAUUAAAGGUUUUAUUUUUUUAUAGCGGCCGGAGACUAGAUUCAGUGAAAGAUUUGGGUGUUUAAUGGCGUCGUUGCACGGUGGUGUUUUGCUAAAGCUAUUAGAGGAAAUGGAAUCUGACGAACAAACAAUCGGUAAUGAACCACGUAAACCGGCACUUUUGCAAGUUAGAAGUAUAAUUCCUGUGAUGGCAGAAGGUGAUUUAUGGCCAAAACAAGGAUUUUAUCUCAAGGUGAAUGAUGCUUCACAUGCUAUGUAUGUUUCGCUUCCCUGCGAACAGGAUGAAAUGAUUCUGAAUAACAAAUUGCAGCUCGGGCACUUCAUUCACGUACAAAGAUUAGAAUCUGCAACGCCAGUUCCAAUUCUUGUAGGUGUAAAACUUGUUCCUGGUCGCCACCCUUGUGUUAGCACUCCAGAAGAUCGUGUUCCGGCUUCGCUGGGAAUUCUCGGGCCAUCAUUUUCAGAUUCAGACUCAAAAUCUGAGAAUAAUAGUGAUGAUGUGGUUACGAAGCCACCCCCUCAAUGGCGUUCAUUGAGUGCGUCUAAAAGCCUUCCUAAUGACCAAAAUGUCAGGAAGAGUCUACGGUGUCGUUCCAUUCCCACGGUACCUGCAAGUAAAUGUGUUGUGGAGAAUAAGCAUGUUGACGCUGUGAAGGCGCUUUCGCAAAUUAGCAUUACUUGUAGCGACAAAGAUAGCGAUUCGGAUAGUUCUAAGUCAUCUGCUUCUUCCAGGCUAAAAACCAGAAGGAGCUGGGAUGGUAAACCUGAAGGAUUCGGAGAAAAACUGCGCUCGCGAGUAGUAAAGCAUGAAAUAAGAAAGCCUCCUACUCCUCGCAGAGCUUGUCUCUCACCGUAUUCUUCUGGACAGAAUGAUAGCUCAGAGGAUAAUGCAUCAACUUGCUCAUCCAGAAGAAGAGUUGUGAAUCAAGCUUCAAAAGUUGGUAGAAGUUCCGCCAGACAAAGAAUCACCGUUUCGACUGAAAAACGUGACAAGAGCUUUGACCAAAUAAAUCCUUUGAGUCCAGUUAAUGACAGAAAAUUUAAACAGUCUAGGAUAUCAUGGGAUGCGCUCCCUUCAAACUUGGAGAAGCUCGGCAAGGAGGUCUUACAGCACCGAGAUGUGGCAUUGCUGGCUGCUGUUGAGGCUUUGCAAGAGGCCUCUGCUGCUGAGAGAUUGAUGCAAUGCUUGAGCACAUACUCGGAACUGCAGCUUAGCAAGGAUGAAGAUCCGUUGCCAGUGGUUGAUAAGUUUUUGGAUUUCUAUAACGAGUUGGCCAAUGUCAGAUUAAUAUCGCAAUCAACUGCAAAACUCGGCCCUCAAUUUACAUCUUCUGAUGCUGAACCACCAUUCAGUCCAGGCUCCAAGGAAGCAGUAAAACUUGUGUAUGAAAGAAAGAAACGUGCAGCUUCAUGGAUUAAAGCAGCAGUGGGAUCAGAUCUUUACGCCUCCCCUUCUCCUAUCAAACCUAUCACUCAUUCUCUUGAGGUGACAAAAUUAGCUAAAAGAUCAAGUCCCACUAGUCAUUCCAAACAAAAGGACGCUUGUUCAGUUACUAAAACCGGUGAGAUCCAAGUCGGGUUCGCAGCGCCUACCAAGGAAAACUCGAUGGAUUGGGUGAAGGGAAUUUGCUUGUGCGCUUCUGCAGACCUUGCUAAUUCCUUACAUGGAGAAUGCAAUAAAUGGUUCUUAACUUACAUUGAGAAAUUCUUAGAUGAAGUUAUGAGCCAAUCAGCUGCCACUGUAUCUGAUUGUCAAAUUGCAGGACUUAUGUGUCAAAUGAAGAAAGUUAACGAGUGGUUAGAUUUAUUCAGUAAUAAUGAAGGUAAUCCCCAGAAAGAUGGUUCUGCAAUAGAAGAUGAAGAAAUAGAAUCAUGCAGAAGGAUUAGAAACAAAAUUUACAAUGUUCUUUUGAAGCAUGUUGAGCGCAGCGCGUUUGCUCUGGAAAGCUUGAGCAGAACAUCUCAAGACUGAAAAUUUGGAGAUGAGGAACAAUGAAAUGUGUGAAUAGUAGUAAUCUUCUUAACCACUUUAGGAGGGAAUUCUGCUUCUUGUAGCAUAAUAUGUAACUUGGAAGUAGCCUUGUAUAUAAAACAAACUAAAUGUUUUAUACUUUUAUGGACAUAUAAUAUGAACUAUAUUGUAAAGAAA